CUACUUACAUAUAUACACUGUCUCACGCUCCUUCGGUAGAGAUAAUGGGGAAACGCUGUUUUUGAGUUACUAACGUGAGGGGAGUAAGUAAGAUACCUCUGAUUUAUCUCCUAAAAUAUAUUAAAUUCCUUUAUUUGUGAUCUAGGAACUUUAAUGUUUACAAGUGGUUAUUCUCUCGUGUGAAUUAUUAUCACUUGUUCUUAUUGUAUGUGAUACAAUAUUAAGUGAAGUAAUGUUUUACUGAACUAAAAAACCAAUAAUUUGGAAAUAAAUUUUAUAUCCUUUUUUCAAUUAAAUAAAGUCAUGAAUAGGUUACGACUGUGCUUCAAUACUUUUACAAAUAUAAAGUCUGUGAAUUAUGAAAAUUGUAGAUAUAUUAAAAGAUGGGUUUCUCCAACUUUAAAGGAAAUAACCAGAAGGAAAAGGAAAUUGCCUCCUCAACCUGAACCUAUACGUAGUACUUUUACUGAUUGGAAUAGAGAUGCAGAACUAUAUGCAUUUAAUCAGAGACUUUUUGAGAAUUUUAUAACCGAGAAAUUAAAUCAAGCAUUAACCCAUAAAUCAUAUGUUUUUGCGGAAGAACAAAAGCAAAGAGAAAUGAAUAUAAAGGAUCCCAAACUUGAAAUACAACACAACGAAGAUUUAAUUCAAAUAGGAAGAGAAAUAACCUCGGUGGUUGUGAGAAAUUAUUUGAAAAAAUCUUUGCCGUGUGUUCCUGAAUCUGGUAUCACAGCAUUUCAUGAUUACCUUAUGUCUCAAGAAAUUUUGGCUAUAGCAUCAUCGCAUAUUGGAACAAAGGAUCUUAUUCUAAGUGAGGAACAUCCUGUAAAAGAAGAAACAUUAGCUAAAACAUUUCUAGCACUUGUAGCAGCACUAGCAGAAAGUACAGAUACUGAUCAUGCAAGUGCCUUUGUUCGAGAUUUUCUAAUAGUGGGAUUAGCUUGUAAAGAUUUGACUGAAAUUUGGUGCCCAUCAGAGCCAUUUGAAAUGUUAAACGAUAUAGUUUCUAAGGAAAACAAUGCACAUAUAGAACCAAGAAUUAUUAGACAAGCUGGAAAAAAUACUAUUUUAUCAGCUUACCAAAUUGCAGUCUAUUGUAAUAAACAAUUCUUAGGUUCAGGAUUUGGACAAACUGUUAAGGAAGCAAAAAAUGUAGCUGCUUUGAAUGCAUUAUACAGGAAAUUUGGUUUAUUAGACUCAAGUCAACCAUUACGAUUUGAUCAAGCAAUAAAUGUUUAAAUUUAAAUACAUAAAUUAUAGUAGAAUUCUAAAUAUUAAAAAGGAAUGUAAAAUUAUAUACAUGUACAGAAGUAAUAUA